AUGGUCUUCCUGGCUCAUGCUCACGUGAAAGCUAUCCCGGGGGUAUGCUGCAUCCCUAAUCUAGGGAUCUAUGCACAACAGGGCUCUGUCUCGAGACGUCUUUUGCCACAGGGGCCACUCUCUAGUACCGGUUCCAGCAUUGCGGUUGCAGUGGUCAAGACGGGCACAGCAGUCGACGCGAAAGGGCGCCCGUGCGUUGGUGGUAGUCCGCGCGGCUGCGCCGGUCUGGCUGCUCCUGCUGACGCGCGAGGCGGGCGCUCGGAGCCGGGCGGGUUGUCGGAAGACAGGCCCCUAACAAUCGUUGUCGAAGACGAAGAAGGAGGGGCAGACCGGGUUGGUGACGGUGCGGUUGAGGCAAGAGUUGCCGGAGCCCAAGAAAUAGCUCUGGUCGUACUCUGGGCGCACGUCGCGCCACGGCUUCGACCGAGCCCUGAGACGGGCGCCUGGCGUGGUGCGGCGAGCAGAGCACCCACCGCGCGGACUGCGGGUGCUACGUCUCUGACAUGGUGGAUCGGUGGGAGGAGGGUAGAGAUCGGGGCACUGAUAUGCGGAAUGGAUGGGGACUGGGCAUCGUUGCAGUACACUUGGAGGCAUAUCUGGCGAGGUCCUGAAUAA